AUGAAAUUCGAAAAUUUACCAAAUGAGAUAUUCUUGCAUUGUUUUGAAUAUCUCAAUGCUCCAGAUAUAUUCUAUGCAUUCGAACAAUUAAAUCCUCGAUUCUAUCGAUUAAUUCGAACGAUUCCAUUACGUCUCAAUUUUGAAGAUAUUAACAAAUCAAUCUUUGAUCGUUUUUGUGAAAAAAUGUUAGAUUAUACAGAAAUUCAACAACAAAUCUAUUCAUUAAAACUAUCAAAUGAACAAGCAUAUUGUCAAAUACAAGCAUUCUUUACAUAUUUUUCAUUGAUUGAAUUCAUUCAACUUCGAUCAUUAACUUUGAUUGAGAUUAAAGAAAAUGAUAUAGAACAAUUAUCAUCAAUAUUACCAUUACUCUCACAACUAACAUGUGUUCGAUUAAUUCCUUCUCUAACAGUUUUAGAUACACUCCAUCAUAAACUUCCAAAAUGCAAACCAAAUAUAUUGUUAACAUCAUCAAUGAGUUCUAUAUUAACAUCUCAAGAAAUUAUACCACUUACAAAGUUGUUCAUAAGAUUUGGUAGAAUGAAUCACAUAUAUCAAAUGUUACUAAAUAUGCCAUUAUUAGAAUAUCUAAAUAUUUCAAGAGCUCUUCAUUUUGAAUCAGAAUCAUCUAUUGACAUAAGUCAACUUCAUGGUCGUGUUAAUUAUCUAAAAUAUUUAAAUGUGUCUGAUUGUAUGGUUAAUGCAGAUAAUUUGAUAGAUGCCAUUGGACGUAUGAUCAACUUACGAAGUUUAAUAGUCUCUGUAUAUGAUAAUUCUGAUAUAAUCGAUGCUUUUCGUUGGAAACAUCUAAUCAUAUCUUCAUUACCACAUUUAACUGUAUUUCGAUUUAGGUUUGGUACUUUAGAUCGAAAUGAAAUAAUUAGAAAAUAUGAAGAUUUUCAAACGGAUUUUUGGAUUAAAGAACAUCAAUGGUAUACAGAAUGUUUAUUAGGAGAACAAAUUUUAUCACAAAUUUUUACAAUUCCUUAUCUAAAUGAUACAAGACCAAUGUGUUUAAAAUAUGUUCGACACUUUUAUACACGUAUUGAUCAUUCAAAGACGUUUGAUAAUGUUACAGAUUUAUAUUUAACAAGUGAAGAACUAAUGACAUUAAAUGGCUUUUAUUUUCCUAAUAUUCGAUCAUUGAUUAUUCAUUCUUUACCUGUAUUUGCUAAUGAAAGUAAUGAAGAAAGAUUCAUUAGAUCUCUAAAAAGAAUAAUGAAUUUAUCAAAUGUAAAACAUUUAGAAAUUCCAUUAUGUUCUCAAACAACAGGAUCAACAAUUUUGUUAAUGAUUCUUAAAGAAGCACCAAACUUAUCAUCCCUCAAUAUUUUCAAUUGUUCCAUAGAUAUAUUGAAAAAUAAUAAGGAAAUUUGUCAAUAUACCAAUAACAUGAUUAAAAAAUUACAGUUUUGUGUAUAUUCUCAAACAAAUCCAUGUCAAAAACCGAAUGAUGUCAAUUCAAUUCAUAAAGUAUUUUCAAAUGUUGAACAAAUGACUUGUCAUAAGACCCAAUCUGAUUCAUGUUUAUUCUUAUUAAAUAAUUUAUCUAAAUUAUCAACAUUGACCAUUCAUUUUUAUCAGUCGAUAAAUGACAGUUCUUUCAGUAAAGUUAAAGAAGAAUUAUCAAAAUUAAAGAAUAUAUUUUUUUAUGAGGAAAUACUACGCGAUAUAAAACAUGUUAAGCUAAUGGCGUUUGGUUUUUGGGUUAGUCGUGACGACAUAAAUACGUAA